AACACUGCCUCCCCUAUAAAAAAAAAUUAAUUGUUCCAACGGUAUUUCACCUUUGACCGCAAGCCAAUGACAACAAAUUCUAGCUAAUAGUGGAUCCCGCUCGCUUUCCAAACGUAAAUGUUAUAAAUAAAUCUCUCUAAUUUCAAGGAAAUUCGAUCGAGGUCAUUCACUGUCAUGAUAGAGUGAUUGCACAGGAUGGCAGCAGGCGCAGUCACAGCCCCCUCUAUCAUCCCAUUGAGAGUACCGGUGGCGGGAAAAUCCCAAACGGAGAUUGACACCAACACCUACAUUGAGCUCAAGACAGAUUUUCCAGAUACUCAGAUCUAUUUCACUAUCGAUGGCUCAAAGCCAGAUCCCUUUCAGCAGAUAGGGGUGAGGAAGACCCAGCAAUACAAGAAACCCUUCCUGCUUCAGGAAGGCAAGAAAACAGUCAGGGCAAUCGCAAUAACCAAAACCAGAGAGAGUAAUGUCGUCAGCAAGACUUUCACUGUGGAGUGGGUACCAGGCCAGGAGAAAUAUGACACAGAUGAUGAGAGCUUUCAAAAUCGAGUCACUCGCAAGCAGACACCUGGCCUACAGCUGACAGCCAGCAAGACAACGGCAGCAAUCAUGAAGAAAGUGUUGGAGGAAUCUCAGAAACCAGUCCAGGGGUCCAACUAUCGCAAGCCUACCACAGGCACCCGCUUCAUGGAGGCCAGAAUGGGCAACAAGUCACGGCCAGCCAGCACAUCAGUCAAAGACAAAGCCAAGCAGAAUGGCCAGAAACCUGCAAGCCCAAUGCCCGAGGAUAAGAUGAGAACUCCACCUAAGAACCUGACACAGGCAAACCGACUGCAACGAGAAACAGACUUCCUCAAGUGUAUAUUCUGUGCUGCAGACAGACCAGCGGAUCCAUUUGCUAGAUUCUGCAUAGCAUGUGGUAAUCCAGUGCCUCCGCUGCCUAAUGCCAGACUACCUCCACCAGAACCAGCCCAGCUCGGCAUGUGUGUUGGAUGCAAUGCAAUGGUGCCUCUGAAUGUGACUAGUUGUCUGAUAUGUGAGAUGCCUAUUGCACCACAGCUAGUACCUCAGGCCUCUGUCAAGCUCAAGGAUAAGCUCGUGUGCAAUGAGUGCGGGACAGGCAACCCAGCCAACAUGGAGUAUUGUGUCACAUGUGAAUGCCGACUGACUGGUAAUAAUAGACACCUGAAGAUGGUGUGGCCGAAGGCAACUUACAGUGGGACAUCUGCCCCUCCCAUGCCCAUGAGAGGAGGGAGGCUUCUCUGCUGUAACAAGUGUGGACGAGUCAAUAACAGCGAUGCUCGCUUCUGUGAUUGGUGUGGGGCCAAGCCAGCACCAACAACACACCUUCUGACUUGCUCUCGAUGCCAGAGCAGUAACCAGGCUUAUGCUACCUUCUGUCAUUCCUGUGGCUGCUCCAUUGAGCCCCCACCAAGAGAAGACCCUCGAAAUAACGGCAUAACGGUCGGCGGGAAGAGCACGUCCCAGGUUGUGGAUAAGCAAGCCAAGUCAGCCUGGGUUCCUAUGUCCAUGCCUCGGCCAGAGCCUGAGAAGCUGGCUGUGGGCACGCAGACGACCGGCCUAUUCUUCCCGUCCAACAAGAAGCUAGAGCAACAAGGCAAAGGUCAAGGCGAUCAGAGGAAUCUCUCUGAAUCCACGGGGGAGAAGAAACCAGUACUGACGGCUAUCAGCCCAGGAAAAGGUUAUUGGCGGCAACAGAUGGAUCACAUUUGUGGGCAUUUGAAAGCGUAUGCACAGAACAACCAAGACUUCAGGAACCUGAUUUCAGAGCCACGGAUGGGCAAGCUUCAAGGAGCCACUGUGCAUGAGGAUGGGUAUGAGCUGAGCAUCACAGCAUGUUUCAUCCUACGAGGCAAUAAAGACGAAUUCACUGGUAAACCGCUGGGAAUAACAAAGAAGAGCCUUUUGAGUGACACAAUUGAUGUAACCAAUGAAGUGUCUAACAAGAUGGGCAACGCACCAGGAACACCAACCAGCAAACAAGAGAAGCCAUCCACACCCAAGAAAAAGUUGAAAAAGAAACCAGCGGAUGACAAAUUGUCUGCCAUAGACCGGGACCUAAUCAGGGAGUUAGGAGCCAAGGGAGAUGGGGAUGAUGAGGAGGUCCAGCGUCUGCUUGAUGAGGGAGCUGAUGCCACCUGUGAGACCGGCGAAGGUAUCCCAGUACUAACCCUAGCUGUCAUGAAUAAACACUGGGACUGCCUGGAAACAUUGGUCAAUAAUGGAGCGGAAAUCAACAGAAAAGCAGGACCCAAGGGUAACACUGCCCUCCAUGAAGCAGUUCUUCUCGGUAAUGAGGGCAAACAGGGUGUGGAAGAACUUCUGGCACUCGGGGCCAGCUCCAAGGUGAAGAACGCCCGGGAUGAAACAGCCUACGACCUGGCCAUCAAGGGAGGAGAAGAGGCCAUUAUCUCUCACUUUGCCUCCACGGCCGGCCAGGGAAUGCUGGACAAACUCAUGAAGCAGAGCUCACGACCCCCGGCGGAAAGAUUCUGAGACUAUCUUUGCUCGGAUGAGGGUGCUGUAAUGAUGUUAUUUUGGGGGUAUAACCAGACAUGUAUCCAACUUGCUGAGCAUGAAAGUUCGUUUCCAGUCCCAUUAUUGAAUCAAGUAAAUGGAAAGGAGCCUUUUUGGGACUUAAAUUGUAGAGCUCGUAUCAGGAGCUUGCGACACCAUCACGGUGUCUUUAUCACAGCUGGCGUUGUUGAGGCCCUCGUGGUCUGGUAUAUAGAAUAUCAUGUGAUGGCUGUGACGGAGGACACUUAUAUCAGUGAAACAGCUCACACUCUGCAGGACCGUUACAGAGAACAUACCAGUAGGUCAGCUCCCCUGAGGCUGUAGGAAUCCGCAGGCACUGCCCCCAUAUGAAUAGAGAUGGAGGGUACGAAUGUGACUUUUCUAGUUUUUGUACCCAGAAAAUGGUAGCAUUAUAGCACCCUCCUUCACUCAAAAAUAUGGCUGCUUGUGUGAAGUGAAGGCGAACAAAAGACCAGAUGUUGUAGAAUUUUGCAUUCUGGAUAUUCAACUGCUAUCCAGGAUACUGACAGAGUACCCUGAAAGCAUCAGUCAAAGCACCUUGUUAAUUCAGUAUUCUUGAAGUUUUGAAGUACUUGGUAAUAAUUUUUAAUGUAACGUUUCGUGAUUUACUAAAUUCAGAUUUAUGGUGUUAAAUUAGUCGUCUGCAAAUGAAACCUUCUGAAGGUCCGUCCUCAAUGUAUACAAAGUAAACUAACAUUGUGUCAAACAAAAACAUUUGACUAUGUACCUAUCUGAUUGACUGACUGACUAGGGCUGCAUCCAAAUCAGCUGUCUAGAGCUAGGUCUAGGUCUGCGCCCAUUAAAAAUACGCGGGGACGCGCUGCCAAUAGACGUAGCCCUAGCUCUGGAAGCCCAUUUCGGACACGGCCUCACUGUCUCUUUGACUUGGACUGGUUGUAGACUGGUGAAGAGAGCGAGGCAGUGCUUUUAUCCAGUAAAGCCAAUGACUGGGCUCUAGUGACUAGACUUACUAGGCUUGUCUUGUCUUGUUAGAGUUUAGAUUAGAUCAGUGUACAAGUCCUUUAUAGCAUUGCAAUUGGCUGUAGGGUUUUAAAACUGCGAGUAUUGUUGUAAUUGGGGAAUACCUUGUAAAACAGAUUUUACAUUGUCUUUCAAAGAAAACCUUUUCAUGUACAUUGUACUGUGUAUAUAAUUUGUGUGAAUAAAAGUUCAUCUACUUAAAAUAA